AGAUAAGAAUUUUUUGAAAAGAGAUUUCAGCAUGAAUUGCUCCACUUUCCCCUCCCUUGUGCUGGCACUGGUUCAACUUCGACUUUGUUCUCCAACCACACAGAACUUCAGUGCUCAAAACACAGAUCAGUCUUAUACAACAAUUCAAAGAGUGAAGCGUGGCUGGGUAUGGGAGCCACUUUUUGUAACUGAGGAAGAGACCUCAACGAUGCCUAUGUAUGUUGGACAGCUGAAAUCAGAUUUAGACAAGGAGGAUGGCAGCCUACAAUAUAUUUUGACUGGAGAAGGAGCUAACAGCAUUUUUUUCAUCAAUGAACAUGGCAAAAUUUAUGUGAGACAAAAAUUGGAUAGAGAAAAGAAAUCCUUCUACAUUCUUAGAGCACAAGUAAUCAAUAGGAAAACUCGUCUUCCUAUUGAACCAGAUUCAGAAUUUAUCAUCAAAGUUCGAGAUAUCAAUGAUCAUGAACCACAAUUCUUAGAUGGACCUUAUGUGGCUACUGUUCCAGAGAUGUCACCUGAAGGUACUUCUGUUACACAGGUAACAGCUACAGAUGGUGAUGAUCCUUCUUAUGGGAAUAAUGCCCGGCUUCUUUACAGUCUCAUUCAGGGUCAGCCUUAUUUCUCUGUGGAGCCAAAGACAGGAGUCAUCAGAAUGGCUUCCCAAAUGGACAGAGAAACAAAAGAUCAGUAUUUGGUUGUCAUCCAAGCCAAAGAUAUGGUUGGACAAGCAGGAGCAUUUUCAGCAACGGCCACUGUUACCAUCAACCUCUCUGACGUCAAUGACAAUCCACCCAAAUUUCAGCAGAGACUCUACUAUUUGAAUGUCUCCGAGGAAGCUCCUGUGGGCACUACUGUAGGCAGACUCCUGGCAGAAGACAGCGACACAGGGGAGAAUGCAGCCAUGAACUAUUUUAUUGAAGGAGAUAGUUCAGAUGUUUUUGGCAUCAUUACUGACAGGGAGACUCAGGAAGGAAUUAUCUUACUAAAAAAGAGAGUGGAUUAUGAGAGCAAGAGGAAACACAGUGUUAGAGUAAAAGCUGUAAACAGGUACAUUGAUGAUCGUUUCCUGAAAGAAGGACCAUUUGAAGACAUAACUAUUGUACAAAUCAGUGUGGUAGAUGCUGAUGAACCUCCAGUUUUCACUUUGGAGAGCUAUGUGAUGGAGAUUGCUGAAGGAGCUGUAAGUGGCUCAUUGGUAGGAAUUGUAUCUGCAAGAGAUCUGGAUAAUGAUGACAGCCCAGUCAGGUAUUCUAUUGUCCAAGGCAUGCGUUUAAAGAGAUUGUUCAGCAUCAAUGAACACAAUGGAACAAUCAUUACAACUGAACCUCUGGACCGAGAGAAAACUUCUUGGCACAACAUAACUGUUACAGCCACAGAAACUAUAAUGCGUUACACUGGGGAGAAAGCAGAACUUUCUAAGAGCUAAGUGAUGAUUAGUACCAUCUAAGUGAGGAUUGAAUCUUCUGAUAGAUGAAAGUCUUCCAAGAGUAUUCGGAAAUCCUGAAAAAAUUUCAGAAGCAAAUGUAUAUAUCCAAGUUCUUGAUGUAAAUGACCAUGCACCAGAAUUUCCUAAAAAUUAUGAAACAUUUGUUUGUGAAAAUGCAGUACCAGG